CUGACGAAGUUUUAGCAGUACUCAACCCAAACAACUAGCUUUUGAGUUUUGCAGUUGAGCAACCAAAUAUGAUGCUCCAGCUUUUCCUAACUUUUCUUCUUUGUUUGUUAUUGAUUGUGAAACAUUGGAAGAUGAAGACAUCUAAAUACUCAAAGAAGCUACCACCAGGGCCAUGGAAGCUACCCAUUAUUGGUAACUUGCACCAACUGGUAGGCUCUCUUCCACAACAUGCCUUGAAGGCCUUAGCCAAGAAACAUGGACCCUUAAUGCAUCUCCAACUCGGUGAGGUCUCGGCUGUUGUCAUUUCCUCACCCGAAUUAGCCCAAGAGGUGUUGAAGCAGCGUCAACUCAGCUACGCGCAAAGGCCUCAAAUUCUUGCUGUUGAGGUCAUGUCUUAUGAUGGCUCCAGCAUUUUCUUCGCGCCCUAUAAUGACUAUUGGAGACAAGUGCGAAAGAUAUGUGUCACUGAGCUCCUAAGCGCUAAACGCGUAGACUCAUUCAAAUCCGUCAGACAAGAAGAAGUGCAGAAUCUCAUACAAUGUAUUUCAUCUUCCCGGGGCCUUCCCAUCAAUAUGAGUCACGAGAUAUUCUCACUGUCAAACAGCAUAAUUUCACGCGCCGCGUUUGGCAAGGCAUGUGCAGAUCAAGGCUUGUUCAUAGAAACGCUUGACGAAAUUAUAAGCUUGGGAGGAGGUUUUGGUUUGCAUGAUCUGUUCCCUUCACUUAAAAUCCUUCAUUACAUUUCCGGAACGAAGCCUGUCAUGAAGAGGUUGCAAAGGAAAAUGGACAAAAUUCUAAACACCAUUAUGAAUGAGCACAGAGCCAAAAGGAAACACAUAAAUGAUGUACUAGUUGUGGAGGAGGAGGAAGAUUUGGUUGAUGUGCUCCUCAACAUGGAGGAGGGUAGUACCGGUGCUGAUAACUUCUCCCUUACCACUGACAACAUAAAAGGUGUCAUUUUGGACAUUUUUGGAGCAGGGAGUGAGACCUCUGCAUCAACCAUGGUAUGGGCAAUGUCAGAGAUGGUAAAGAACCCGAGAAUAAUGAAGAAGGCACAAGCUGAAGUUCGAGAGGCACUCAAAGGAAGGAGCAAUAAUAUUGAUGAGAAAGUUAUUCAUGAACUAAAUUACUUGAAAUGCAUCGUCAAAGAAACUCUGAGAUUACACCCUCCAGGCCCUUUGUUACCAAGAGAAUCAAUCGAAAGAGAUGAAAUUAACGGAUAUGAGAUACCGGCAAAAACCAAGAUAUUGAUCAACGUGUGGGAAAUGAGCACAGAUCCAAAAUACUGGGGUGACGGAGAUUGCUUUAGACCAGAGAGGUUUGUUGAUUCAUCCAUGAGUUUUAAGGGAACUAAUUUUGAAUAUCUGCCAUUUGGAGCAGGUAGGAGGAUAUGUCCAGGCAUUUCAUUUGCUAUUGCAGGCAUUGAACUUUCACUUGCUCAGCUGCUCUAUCAUUUCGACUGGAAAGUCCCAAAUGGAAGCAAGCCAGAAGAACUCAACAUGACUGAGACAUUUGGAAUAAGUGCAAAGAGGAAAUAUGAUUUGGAGUUGAUUGCCAUUAAUCCCAUGUCCUCCAUUGCUUGAUCAGAAAACAUUUUUACUAGUAUUAUGUAUGAAUUAAAUAUCACUAGUGUUGUUGGAGACAAGAAUGUGAGUAUUCCAUCUUGAAUGUAAUUCAGUUGAUCGAUCGAUCACGUUGGCCUUGUAAAGAUUGUAUAACAUAUAGCUGAUCUACGUACUGCCAUUUCAGAUAACUUCCUUCUAUUAAUGCAUUGCAAUUUGCCUUUUUUUCUUUCUAA